AGUCUGCUGGAUGGACGCAGUUUCUCGAGUGGACCAAAGAUUAUUGUAAAACGUACCCUUUGUACAAAACUCAAUUUAGCCAUUAAAUAUACGAACAGGACAGUCCUUACCGAGAGAUAGGCUAUACGGGGAAACAUCUCUCCAAUGAUGCAAAACUGCAGCAACUUUUAAAGGUUAAAGAAGAGGAACCGUUUAAUAGGGAAAUAUAACAAUGCAAAUGGAUCAGACGUACGGUGAGGUUAACCAGCUCGGCGGAGUGUUUGUCAAUGGUCGACCCCUUCCUAAUGCGAUUCGGAUCCGGAUUGUCGAACUUGCGCAGCUCGGAAUCAGACCGUGUGACAUCAGUCGACAGCUCCGGGUCUCUCAUGGCUGUGUGAGCAAAAUUCUGGCCCGAUACAACGAGACCGGCUCCAUUUUACCCGGUGCAAUCGGCGGGAGUAAACCCCGGGUCACGACACCAAACGUGGUGAAGAGUAUACGGGAUUAUAAACAAGGCGAUCCUGGAAUAUUUGCUUGGGAAAUACGCGACCGACUGCUGGCCGAUGGAGUGUGUGACAAAUACAAUGUUCCGUCUGUCAGCUCCAUCAGUCGCAUUUUAAGAAACAAGAUUGGGAACCUGUCCCAACCGAGCCAGUAUGACAGCAGCAAACCCUCUCCUCCACUCUCCUACAAUCAUAUGUAUCCAUAUUCCUACCCGAGCGCCAUGUCCCCGACCGGGUCCAAAUUGGGCAGUCCCCCUGCUGUGUCUGUCAGUCUGUCCCGGGCCUGGCCGUCCGUCCACACCGUCAGCAACAUAUUAGGAAUACGGGCUUUCAUGGACCCUGCAGCCAUAGCUGGAGCCGAGAGUUAUCAGCCGAAAAUGGAGGACUGGACGGGUGUUAACAGACCUUCAUUCGCUUCUGUCCACGGAGUCAACGGGAUUGAUAAAGCACCCAUAGAACCCGACAUUAAGUACACCCAGGCUUCUUCAAAUUUAUCCGGUUGUGUCCCUGCGUGUGCAUACUCAGCCACUAAUCAGUACGGUGUUUACGGUGGACAUACCGGUAAUUAUGGGCAUCACUGGCAGUCUCAGGGCUCGAGUCUUGCCCAUCCGAAUACCGGAACCAUGAUACAGAGCCCGAACCUUCACGGCACCAUAUCCUUCAAACAUCAGUCCCGAGAAGCUGUAGACAGAAAGAGUCCUCUGAGCAAACAUCAGCAAGAGGGUCUGAGUGGCGUUCAUGGACUAUCGCUUCCUACCUCAGAAUCAUAAUAACACAAAGACUUCCGGAGAGAACAAAAAAAAAAAAAAGGUUUGAUCUGUUCAUCUUUUGCUUAUGUGCAGCUUUAAGGACUCACAUCAGUAAGUUAUUGAUAAAGCAUGUACCCGAAUGUUUCAUACCAUUAUAGACAUGUGGGAUCUGAAGCUGUGGACAUCACAGGGGGAUUUGUUUUUAUUAUUAUUAUUAUUAUUAUUAUUAUUUGUUUUUUUUUCUUGUUGCAAUAUUUGCAGUAAAUUGUUCCUUGUUUUGUUUUUUUGGUGCAUAUGAAUUUACUGUUUGACUGCUAUUUUAAAUGGACUGCAUUUUGUUUGAACUAUUCUCUUGACAAUAACUCAACAUUGUUAGACUAAUUCGCCACGACGACAUGAAACUGUUGUGUGCAAAUGAACAUGUCAGUGCAUUUUCGUCUCCAAUACUGAAAGAAUAUGCAGUAUAUACAUAUCUAUUUUUGUAAUUCGAUUUCUGCUUAAUAAAGGCAUGUCAAA